UAAUUAUAUUACAAGGUUAAUUGAUUUACAGUCAUUCAAGUACUUUGAUGUCUAUCCUGUCCGCAAGAGUAACGCUUCCUGAUUACCUACUUCCGGUUGGAAUAUUUACAAUUUUCGGACAUUUUAGUAAUCAAUUUCGAGGUUAGAGACUUGUAUAUUAUUGGUAAAGGAUGGCUACAACAUAUGAGCAGUCUUCAACAACAACAAGUUCCGAGGGUAUAGGGCUUGAUAAAGACUAUAUAAAAACAUACAAUGGUCUUCUCAAAAUUGUAGAAUGUGUACUCGACAUCAUAGCAUUUAUUUGUGCUAGUAUCUAUAUUCAUUGGGGGCCGUAUGGCGGAGGAUGGGUUCAGUUUGUUACCAUGUCUGCAUUUAUAACAACCCUGCUACUCUUUGGAUUUCAUCUCUUUAGAAUUAUUUAUAAACUCCCUGGACCCUGGGGUCUCAUUGAGUUGAUCUACUAUGUGUUAUACUCACUGAUGAUGAUAAUAUCCGGUAUAGUUUGUGCUGUCCGAUUUAACUGGCAUUCUUCUAUUGCCGCGGCAACUUUCUUCACGUUUGCGGCGACAGCAUGUUACGUGUUUGACACUUUCCUCCUUUUCCGAGGCUGGCAGCAGGGCCGUAGCGGAGGAGGUUCCUCGCACACGACCACAACAACAACAACAGAGCAUACAACAUACGAAACUAAAACUCAGUACUAGAUUUAUAUAUGCACCCUGGGCAUUAUUAUGUAAAGACAAUAUGUAUUGGUCAUUUAUAUGUAAUGAACUAAAGAUCUGUUAUAUUUAUAGCAAAUAUUAACUGUUUGGUGUGAAUUUACCGUACUACUUCUUGAAAAAAUAAUUUUCUUAAUCAGUGUUUUAAUGAAACAAUAGUUGUUAACAAUUCUUACAUUUUUGAUAUAUCAUGCAAAUUUCUUUGAGACAACCUAUAAAUUCUUGUAUAUUUCAAUAAGAGCAGACUAUUAUUAUAUUAAAUAGCCAAGCUUUUACUCAUGUUUCAGUUUUGUUUUGCAGCUUCCCGCAGUUCGUAAAAUUUUAGAUUCCUGAUAAAAAAUAAAUUGUAUGUUUUAUAGCUUAAAAUAUAAGUUAAUACAAAAAUGACCUGUAUAUAUUGUUUACUUUUAAAGAUGCUGGCUUCUUGUUUAAUCUAAAUAGCUAUUAUAGGGAUAUAUUUUGUGUUUUUAUUACAUGUGUAUAUUGAAAUGUUAGACAUUUUUUAUAUAGAAUUUAUAUGUAUAAAGUGGAUUAGAGACACGUUAAUAAAUUUAAGGUUUUUUUUUGUUUUUUAAGAUUGGGUAUAAAAAUUUCUGUUGUGGUACACAUGUAUGUAACUAUGUAUUUUACUCUUAUUGAAGAAAUAGAAAUAUUGUAAUAAAAUCCUGUUAUACUGAUAGGGUUUAUAUAUAGAGUGUACUGGAAAUUGUGAAUUUGUUGUUUAAUUGUUAGCAUACAUUGUAUAUUAAAGGAACCCCACUGCGGUACAAAAGUGUUACAACAUAAAAUUAAAAUUUCUUACAUAGACCAGCUUGGACGGAAAGUUAAAUCAGAAAGUUAAGCAAAAGAUAAUUAAGAUAUAUACUUGAAAAUUAUAUUUUUGUGCUAUUCUUAUUCAGAUUUCAGUGAAAAGAAAAGUGUUGCAACGCUUUUAAAUUUUGGGUUAUUUUUCUCAAUUAGAAUAAUUAUUCUGGAACAAAUGAAGUUAGCAAUUGAUCAGAAAUUUGGCACAAUUAAGCUAUUGGUCUAGAUCUAUAUGAAAUUAAACAUUAAUCUGAAGAAAGAAAAUUUGCAGUCAUGUCAAAAUAUUUCAGUGGUGUCCCUUUAAUAAUAUAUAAAUUUAACUAAAAGUUAUUUAUACAGCAUAUGAUUGUAUGUUUAAUUUGGUAUAUUUUUCUGAAUUUUGCUUGCAAUAAUUUAUGUAAUAAUAAGAUCUAGGAAAUAUCACUGUGGUGAGAAAUGAUGAUUUAAUAUCUUCUUAAAGGCUCAUUAUACCUAUUAUUCUUUCUUUUCAAAGGGCAAACAUGAGUUUUAUAAUGUUUAAGUUAUAACCGUUAAGUUAAAACAUGUUAGAUGCAUUACUUAAGUUAAAAGCAUGUUAUAUGCUUAUCACCUGAAGAAAGUAACACUGAAUGUGAUAUUAUUGUAAUGAAGUAGUAUUUUGACUUCUAUACAAAAUACUAACUUUCUAUAACUGUAACAAUUGCCAAACAGCAAUAGAAGCAAAAUAUGUUUCAGGUAAUUUGCUAAUGAGUAACUUUUAUUUGUU